UUGCUCAGGCAACAUGGGUAGCAACCAAGCUGCAGUCUCCUUCCUCACCAAUAUUGCACGCGCUGCGUUCGGCCUCGGCACCGCCGCUACCGUUCUUAAUUCCUCCCUCUUCACCGUCGACGGAGGCCAACGCGCCGUCCUUUUCGAUCGUUUCCGUGGAGUCAUGGACGAUACCGUCGGUGAAGGCACUCAUUUCCUCGUUCCGUGGCUGCAGAAACCCUUCAUCUUUGAUAUUCGUACCAGGCCUCACACUUUCUCUUCGAUCUCUGGUACCAAGGAUCUGCAGAUGGUUAACCUAACCCUUCGUGUGCUAUCUCGUCCCGAAGUUAAUCGGUUGCCUGCAAUUUUUAAGACAUUAGGUCUUGAGUACGACGAGAAGGUUCUCCCUUCGAUCGGAAAUGAAGUUUUGAAGGCCGUUGUUGCUCAAUUCAACGCAGAUCAGCUUCUCACUGAGCGUCCGCGCGUUUCGGCUUUGGUUCGUGAUAGCUUAAUCCGCAGAGCUAAGGAUUUUAACAUCGUGCUUGAUGACGUGGCGAUAACUCACUUGUCGUACGGUGCUGAGUUCUCCAAAGCCGUGGAGCAGAAGCAAGUGGCUCAGCAAGAGGCUGAGAGAUCAAAGUUUGUGGUUGCUAAAGCGGAGCAGGAGCGACGAGCUGCGAUUAUUAGGGCCGAAGGAGAGAGUGAGUCCGCUAAGCUCAUUUCUGAUGCUACAUCUGCUGCUGGUAUGGGAUUGAUCGAGCUUAGGAGAAUCGAGGCGUCCAGGGAGAUCUCUGCAACAUUGGCCAGGAGCAACGGUGUCAUGUACCUUCCAAAUAGCGGGAGCCAGAUGCUUCUAGGGCUUAAUCCUUCUCGCUAAAUGAUUUUACUGUUACUGCGAACGAUAAACUGUGCUGAAAUGCAGCAUCAUAUCCGGUUGAUGCAUAAGACAAUAUCUUAUCAUGUAUUCCGACAAACACUGAUCUAUGUAUGAUGAUCUGUUAAUGUAGUUGACUCUUUGAGUUAUUUGUUACUUCACCGUCAUUGUGUUUCUCUAUGUUGUUUUCUCAAUGUUACAAGUGAUCGAAGCAUUGUACAAUAAACCAAUAAUCGCUUUUUUUUGUUUUGCUGUCUCCUUCUAUGAAAACCAACUGGCGCUGGCCUUUUCAUUUUGCCUGAUGUUUCUGUUAGUUGUGAAUCGCUAGAUUCUUGAAAGGAUAUAUAUUCUGUGUAAUUGCCACAUUGCUUGCAAAGAUUUUCAAGCUAUCAAUGUGCUUCUUGAGUCCUUGUAACUGUUCGAACAAGUAACAGUACUUAUCAUAAUAGCAAAAGCCAUUGCCGUUAUCCUUUUUUUGGGUGGGUCAUGUAUACUUAGAUGGAACCUCAGUUUAUCCUUAGGCUUGUGUAAAUUGUAAUUUAAAGUACUAGUUAAUUUUCAUUUUUAAGCUUCUUGAGCUGGUGAAA